AUGUUUUUUGGUUGCGCCCUCUGCACGGCUGUGGCGCUCUUACUUGCAGCACUUCUCCUUCUGCCCAGGCUGCACGCUGCUAAAAGGGGAAUGACGGAUUUGUAUUCUGAGCCGCGCGCGAAGACAACCACAAUGCUCUACGACCCGACAAUGCCGCAACCGAUUGCGCUGCAGUAUGUCCCGCCAAACACUCUGCAGACAUGGGAGAGGCGUGAAUUCCUGAUUGUGUUUGGCAUCCCAUCUGUGGACAUCGAUGCGCGGCAGAGGCGCCGUUACCUGCAGCGAUGGACGUGCUGGCGGUUCCCCGGUGUGGCGACGAAGUUAAACAACUUCACUGGUGCGAUGCUGGUGCUGUACGUACUGGCGCGUCACCCGUCGCACAACUUCACGUACUCCGCGGGGCUGGAGGCGGAGGCGGAGCAGUGGCACGAUGUGAUUGCGCUGCCGAUGAAUGAUGGGCGCCCGUCGACCAACAAAAAAGUCGGUGGUAAUGGCAAAUGGGGACUGGAGGCUGAGGUCGGAAUGAGCCGCAAGACGUUCUUUUGGUUCGAGCUGGCGUUCCGUCUGUUCCCGAAUGCGAGCUACAUCGCGAAGGGAGACGACGACAUGUUCCUGCGCGUGCCGCAGUACCUCGCUGACCUGCGCUCGCUGCCGCGCAAAGGGCUGUAUUGGGGAGUAGCUUGUGCUGAAUCUGUUCAAAAGGGUAAUGUUACGCACAAGUUUCAUUACUUCGCCGGAAUGCUCUACACACUAGCGAGGGAUGUGGUGCAGCAGCUUGUAUCGUUUGAGCCUGUGCGACGGCUGGUGCGCUUGCCGUACAGCAAAGAGAGAGAGGAGCAGUUUUUCCAGUACAGCAUGACUGCUGAGGAUGUGAUGGUGGGGCAGAUACUACGGCUGGAGGUACGAUACCCAGCACUGGUGGUUGUAGAGGACAGAUGGUGCCGUUUCCACGAUCGUGUAGGUAGAAAGUGGCGUCGUGUCGUAAAACGUGAGUCUGUUGUGCUUCACCUCCCAUCGGAGAAUAGUUAUGGGAAGCUUAUGAAUAAGUUCGGCAAUGAUACGCUGCCAAGUAAAAUGUUGUGGAAGUGGCGCAAUCCUGGGCAUAUUAAGUUCUUCUGUUAA